UCUGUAGACGUGCAGCUGCGUAAAGUGUGCGAUUUAACCGAUUUUAAGAUUGAUUAUGGCAGAGGAAGAAUUACCGUCAGGGUGGGAAAAGCGUUUGAGCAGGUCAAUUGGACAGCACUAUUAUCUUAAUGUGUAUACUAAAGAGAGCCAGUGGGAUCGUCCUGACAAACCUGCAGAACCUGUAUCCAGCAGUGGACCAGAGCAAGUGCAAUGCAGUCAUUUGCUUGUGAAGCAUCAGAAUUCACGGAGGCCAUCUUCUUGGAGGGAAGACACUAUAACACGCACAAAAGAGGAGGCUUUAGAGCUUGUCAAGUCAUAUCGUGAACAAAUUGUAACAGGACGGGCGUCGUUCGCAGAACUGGCACAGAAGUAUUCAGACUGCAGUUCAGCGAGGCGAGGUGGUGACUUGGGACCCUUCGGUCGAGGUGCUAUGCAGCGACCAUUUGAACAGGCAGCAUUUGCCCUUAAAGUAGGCGAGCUCAGUGAGCCUGUCACUACUGAUUCAGGGAUUCACAUUAUUUUACGCACUGCAUAGGAGUAUCAA